CCCAGCAUGUCCCGUUGUUCUGAUGAUGUGUUGUGAUGACCGGGCUGUAUUUUUCUUCUGUCUUCCUCCUCCUUCUCCUCCUGCUUGAUGUCGCUGUCUCAGAGCCCUGUUCUGCGUCCUCCUCCGCAAACCUCCUCGUCCUCUGCCCCUUCGAUUCAGAUGUGCGGAUAGGAGCCACUUCUGCUUCAGCUGCUCUGGUAGCACUGGACACUAUCAAAGAGCGGCAGAUUCUCCCUCCAUCCUUCAACCUUAAUGUAAAGUUCGCGGAUAGUAAAUGUAACAGUGUUGCUACAUUGGAGAGCUUGCUGAACUCUUGGGACGGGGAGGAUGCAGUUGACGCGGUGGUAGGACCUGCCUGUAGUGGGGCCUGCAGUGCUGGAGCUGACUUCCUCCAAAUAAAGGAUUACCCUAUGAUAUCCUGGGACUGUACUCAGCCCGACCUCAGCAAUAAACCCAACUUUUUGAGAACCGUCUCUGACUACGGGAAAUUCUCGUCGGUGAUAACAGCGUUUAUGAACCACUACAACCUGACCCGGAUAGUGAUGAUCUGCAGUGUGGAAACUAUCUGGAUAACCACUUGUGAGAGUAUCAAAUCCCGGAUAGCUGCUGACUCUCACUCAGGCAACGUCAGAGUAACGGAGAUAAUUCCCCUUCUAAUCCCCGAACAAGACAAACAGUCCCAGGACUUUACAUCUACUAUGGAUAGUGUUCUGCAGGACAAGGUCAAGCCUAAAGCUAGAGUCGUGUUUCUGGCGUGUUACAUCUCGGCAAUUCGCACGAUAAUGGAGCGAGCAAAAGACCUCAACAUGUUAAACGGGUACCUGUACUUUGGAAUGGAGAGUUCCCUUGUAGACUUACAGAGUGCAGGGUACACAUUUGAAUCAAAAUCAGUGACAUCCUCUAUGAUGCCUGAUGGAAGUAAUGCCCUCGAUCUGGGUGUACUGCAGGGUCUUAUCUCCUUCAACUUUGGUAUCGCUUCUACUAACCUUGCUUUUAAAAGCUUCAGAGAAGAUGUGUUUAAGAAGAGAUUGGACGUUGAAGUUGAUGGAAGUCAGGUCAUGAAAUCAGCCACACAAUCUCCAGAGGACGUUGAUAGUCUGGCUGUUAACCUGCACGAUGCGGUCGUGCUCUACGCUCUGGGUCUCAACAAGUCCAUAACACAAGGCACUGAGGAUUGCAGAGUUGUUAAAAACGACAUGUCUAACCUUACUUUCAAUGGAAUUAUAAAUCAGAUCAGUAUAGACGAGAGGGGGGACGUGUUGAACCCUGACACACUCGUUCUUAACUUUAUGGAUGAUAACGGAGUUUAUACUUUGAAAGAAGUAGGUGAGGUGACAAACAACAGUUUCAAAGCAGUAGAGGGUAGUUUCAUUACCUGGCCUGGUGACCGGUACAAAGAUAUCAGCGAUUGUGGGGACCAGAACGAGUUAUGUCCUUCUGAAGAUAGAGGUAUGGUGACUAUGAUGGUUAUUGUGGGUAUCGUAAGUCUGUUGGUGGUAGCGGGGGCUGUCGGGGUUGCUCUCUGGUUCCGAAACAAACAGAUUCAACUCAAAACUGCCUGGAAGAUAGCCUAUGGUGACCUGAACUUUCAGACGGAUCGAGUCGGGAACGCCAUCGGGGCGAUGAUGGCUAAAACUACAGCUAUAAUUGGAGUUGUGCCCGCACACAGGAGAGCUUCUAAUGUGAGCGUCCAGAGUACAGUAGGAUCACGACUCCUUGGCUCCAGACCUGAGAGUAUGGGGACGCAGAACUUUGACGAUGUUGAUGGUACUCUCAUGAAGGCUGUUUACCGGCGACAACAAGUAGCAGUCAAGUACCUCAGAAGACAGAACCUCACUGUAAACAACACUAUUAUGAGAGAACUCAACACCUUACGAGACAUGGAGCACGAGAAUAUUGUCAAGUUCUACGGUAUCUGCAUGGAGCAGAACAAGGUGUGCACAGUGUACUCCCACUGUCCUAAAGGGAGCCUGCAGGACGUUCUUCAGAACGACAAACUCAACCUAGACGUCAUGUUCCAACAGAGCUUUAUCACUGAUAUGGUCAAGGGUGUGGAGUACAUUCACAAGAGCAACAUGGGUUACCAUGGCAACCUUACCUCUCAAAACACUCUUAUUGACGGUCACUGGGUCCUCAAGCUCACUAAGUUCGGAUUAAACACCCUCAAGGAGAAGGAUGAGGAGACAGAAAAUGACUCCCCCGUGGUCACGGAACCUAAGUUGAAGAGCAAAGGUUCGGUAAUGGACCGUUUCAGGAAGGGCUCUCAAUCGUUAUUAGCUUCUGCAGUAUGUAUGUGUGCAAAGGGAGUGAGGCCCUCCAACUCCAGUAUGUCCAAGACAUACGCCGACUGUGAGGAAGAUUUGAUCAAGAAAAACAAAGUUAAGCGAGAUCAAUUGUGGAGAGCACCAGAGUUCCUGGACACCAGCCAAAGAGGCUCGCAGAAAGGUGACAUCUACAGUUUCGCCAUUAUCUGCUCUGAGAUCCUUACCAGGGAAGACCCUUACGCUAUGUACGAGCUAGAAGUUGAUGAUGUUAUAAAUCGACUGAAAGCACGAGAAAACCCCCCGUUCCGACCGAACAUCAAGAACACAACCUUGGGCAACAUGGACCUGAGAGACCCCCUGACUUUCUGUUGGGCGGACUCUCCGGAACAGAGACCUGAUGUGGGAAAGGUUAAGGUCCUGAUCAGGGAGCUUACCAGCAGACAGAAGUCGUUGACGGAUCGUAUGAUGAUGAUGAUGGAGAAGUACACGCAUCAUUUAGAGGAACUAGUGGAUGAGAAGACAGCUCAGUUACAAGUGGAGAAGAUGAAGGCUGAUAAGCUCCUCUAUAGGAUGCUUCCCAUGAAAGUAGCAGAGAAGCUGAAGAGAGGCGAGGCAGUGAUAGCAGAAUGGUUUGAUGACGUCACUAUUUACUUCUCUGACAUUGUCGGCUUCACCAACAUCUGCUCCGUCAGCGGUCCUUUACAGGUUGUCGACUUUCUUAAUGAUCUCUACACGUGUUUCGACAGUGUAAUCGACAGUUACGACGUGUACAAAGUGGAAACAAUCGGUGAUGCCUACAUGGUUGCAUCAGGAAUCCCAAAUAGAAACGGCACCAAACAUUCCUCAGAGAUAGCCGACAUGGCUCUUACCCUACUCCACCACAUCAAGACCUUCAAGAUCAGACACUUACCAGACAAAAGGUGUGACCUCCGUAUCGGUCUGCACACAGGCCCAGUGUGUGCGGGAGUGGUGGGGUUAGCUAUGCCACGGUAUUGUUUGUUCGGGGAUACUGUCAACAUGGCUAGUCGUAUGGAGAGCAAUGGACUCCCUCUUAAGAUACACUGUAGUCCAGAAACAUACGAAGCUCUCUCUCUCAAUGGUACACACACCCUGGAACCUCGCGGUAUAACCGACAUCAAGGGUAAAGGGGAGAUAUUCACCUACUGGGUAACUGGUAGGGCUCCUACCCAACCCUCCAGAACUAACGUCCCUCUCGCCCUUAAACCACUGAACUCUCCUCAAAGUAACGGUGGGUCGUCUGAUAACGUGAAGUUGUUAGUAGAGCACGAUCUGUCAGAACCUAACGGUGAUCCGAGAGCUGUUGUGUGAUGUGACCAUGUAAGGUAGUGUUGCUGUGGUAACAUUACCAAAUAUGAUAGUGUUGCCGUGGUAACAUUACCAAAUAUGGUGAUCCGAGACCCACUGUCAUGUAAUAUCUGCUCUCAGAACAUGCGUUGAACACAGCACAAGAUUAUCCGCAGUUCUCAUCGACCUUGUGCAGGAAGAGUUAUUUCCUGUUGUUGGAGGUUACCAGAGCAACGUAUCUUUAUCAAACCUGUCUGUAUAUAUAUACAAACAUGUAACCAUUAACGAGGACUUCAAGUCAACAGUUAAUUGGAGAAUCAUAUCUAACUGCAAAUAUUUAAAGGAUGAUACAUAAUCCAGUUAUGGUCAUAGUAUGCUUUGUUAGCAGUAUGUGUACCACACAAUCUGAAAUAAGGAGUCCCAAAAUAAAUAUCAAGAAUGUCAGAUUUAGGAUUGGACAUUCGAAUACUAUUCACCUUUACAUCUGUAACUAUGCAGUGUAAGAAGCUAGAAGUUUUGGUCUUAGCAACGAAAGAUGAAAUAACUUUAGUCAGCUUUAAACGGAGGAGAUAUUAUUCUUUUAUUUCUGUUAGAAAAAAACGGUAAAACGUGAAAUUUAUGAUUUGUUUUAUUUGUAUUUAUUAUUCUAUGAUGAAGGAGAAUUUAGUGUUCAAUGUAUUUGUACGAGUCGUCUGAAAAAUGUACGAACAGAUUUCUGUACAUAUGGUUUCUGCUAAGAUGUUAGUUUUAAGUAUUUUAUUUAACAUUCAAAAUGUCCUUGAAUUGUAUCAAACCAGGACUAGUUUUCUCGACAAAUUCGACUUUUCGUUUUUCAAUCAGUGACACCAAUAAAAUAUUCGAUUGGUAUGAUAAGAGAUUCCAGUGAUCUUUCACUCUAAGUCGAAAAGUAGAAUUUGUUGCGAUAUUAUAUUUAGUCGUAUAAACGUAAUAAUAAAGUUGGUAAAGUUUUCUAGUUGAUGGAUUAUACCUAUUGACUAAUAUUUAAAACCCUAAGGAUUAAGUAUUAACUGCUGGUAUCACGUGUUUUUUGGCAGAGUUAUAUGUUCUAAAUAGUUCAAUGAUGUAGUAUAACGAAUAAACUAUAUUAUCUAAAUAUCAUACAAUUUGUUGUAUUUUAC